AUGGCUCCUAAGGGCUCCAAGUCUAAAUCGAACAAGCCUCGCGUUGAGAGCACGUCGCCGUACGUGCAGGCUAACAUUCUCGGCGACGAGUCGGUGGCCGCGCUGGAGGAUGGUCUACGUUCAAAACGGCCCGCUCUAAGGCCCAUGUCGCAAUUGCUGAAGAGUCUGCCGUUUAACUACUCGGCGAUUUUCACCGAGCAAUCUCUUUUUGAAUGGUUGCAACCUGUUGUUGGUGACGCUGUUGCCGAUACGGACUUCCUCUUGGUAAAUAUUCUUUCCACCCCGCCGUGGUUCUACGUUGACCCCUUCUGUGUCAAGGAUUACGCGAAAUAUCUGGAUUGGUGGGAGAGGUCUGGUAUUUACAACGAGCCGGCGGAAGGCAGGGAUCGAAAACGGUUGAAGGAGCUGCGUCUUGUCAUUCGCCGAUUCGGCUUGGAGACGCGGGAGGUGGAGCCGGCUCCCGAUCAGUUCCUCACUAUACAACUGGCAUCGCCUCUGAUUUGGACGGACACUCAUCAGUGGCUCAUAUUGCUGAUGUUCUUUGAUAUCCUGUGCGACUUGCGCAACCUCCCUACGUCCGCUGUGUUUCGCGUCCCGCCCUCCCCGGCCCAGCUAUUCGAUAUAAUGGAUAAGCUACAGCCGGGCUGGCUUUCCAUGCGUGUAAACUGGCCUUUGUCUGUCAAGGCAUCGAUUCAAGUUGUGAAAGCUGCGCAUGGCUUGGGUGAAGAAGAUGACUUGACGAUGGACACUCUCGCCAGUCUGAGAUCUCUCACGGUAACCGGUCAGGGUCAGUCGACGCAUACUGGUCCACUUGUGGCACCGCCUUUUGUCUAUCCUGGUUCUCCAGACUCGUCUGAGUCUUCUGCAUCCCCGUCCGCACCGGAAGUUUUGACCAUGGUUCCCUUCGGGACCGGCAGUCAAGACAAAAUGCGGCAGUUGUUUGCAAAGCUCGACUCCAUGUCUCUUUCGGUUGCAUUUGAUCGCAUCAUGCCGUCGGUCAAGAAAGCAGACGAGCAAGGUCAAUACCUUGCGAUGACGGUCAAUAUACAACUUGCGGCUCUGGCGGUCAACUAUAUCCAGGCCAACGUGCGUGAAGCCAAUACCUUUUCUCUCCGAGAUAUCACGCAGAACAUCGCGGCUCCGGAGAGAGUGGAGUGGAUGGGGCCUCGCUAUAUAUUUCAGCCCUUCAUGAUCAUGGUGGCGUAUUCGCCGCUCUUUCUUCUGGCAAGAACGCGGUUGUAUUCGUCACCGUUGCCUUCCUUCGCCGUCGCCUUUGAGAUCUUCAAGCUCAAGGGGAAUGCUGGCAAGCCUCCCGCUCUUCGGGCUCUGGAGCACAGUAUCUGGGCUCUAGUCUUGCAAGUCGCUCAGGGAUCUUCGGUCUAUCAGUUGCUCCCUAUCUAUAUGUCGGCGUGGAUUGCCGACAUCGAUAUCGAUGAAGUGGAUGAGUGCAAGACUUGGUUGGACGAUUUUGGCAAGCGUCCUGAAACUGAUGAGCGGUCUCGUAUCACGGAAUGGGAUGGGAAGGAUAUCGUUAAGCUCAGUGCUGCUUAUACUGCAGAGCGGGACAAACUUCGAGCCUGGUCCCCGGGUUUGAACGAGCAUGGCAAGCGUCGAGCCUCACCACCGGAUGACGCCGUUCCAGCCAAACGCCCUGUGAAAUCGUGCUGGGUCUACCGCAAGCGGCGAAAAGCAGAACGCGAAUGCCGCCACUUCCUCAAAGCCGAAGCCGAUGGCGACUGCCAACUCGCGUGGAAGGUCUUCCAUUCGCCAGUCAAACGUUACUUUUAUGCGGACAACGCCGUCUCGUUCUAG